CGUUGAAUUUUCAUUUCAACCUCCAAGUCGUGUGAUAAAUAUUUUGAUAUUUUAUUUUUCUUAUCAUGCUCAUAUCAUCAUCAAAAGUGAAUCAUUGCAGCCUUAGCGCAAAAUAUGUUGUGUAAAGUCAGUUAAAUUGUGGACAGAACCGUAGGAGGUCGUGUUUUCAGUGUGUGGUGUAGCCACUGUGCCAGUGGAGUGUCGGUGGCUAGCUGGCUAGUGUUGCAGCAGGGAGGAUGCCGUGCGAGAGCUGCGCAGUGCAGUUCAGCGUGUUCCGGCGGCGGCGCGCGUGCGGCGAGUGCGAGCGCUGGUACUGCGCGGGCUGCCUGCGCCGCGGCGGGGGCUCCAUGUGUGCCGCCUGCCGCGCGCUCAGCACGCGCCCGCUGGCCCGCGCCAACAUCGCGCACCUCAAGAUCCGCGACCUGCAGGCCUUCCUGCAGCGGCAGAAUGUCUCCACCAGGGGCUGUGUAGAGAAGGAGGAGCUAGUCUCGCUAUGCGUCUCGCACGUGAACGGUGCAGGGUACCGACGGCGCGGCUCGCGCGGGUCGAGCGCCUUCAGCUCGCUCAAGGGCUUCACCAGCAACAUCAACGAGCUCAUCAACCACGCCUUCGACCUGCGCCCCUCCGCGCACCCCGCGCCCGCGCCCGCGCCCGCCGACCGCACCUCCAGGACGUGCAACCCGCGGCACCGCUCGGAGUCGGUCCCGGCGGGCGCGCGCCCCGCCCCGCCCCCCGCCGCGCCCUCCCGCCGCGCCUCCCUCACGGCUCGCGUGGACACCGCCGACUGCUUCGAGGUGGAGGACCUGGACGACAGCGGCUGGGAGUUCGUCGUGCGCCCCGCCGACCCGCUGCCUAACGACUCGGAAGUGCUACUAGAGCGCGCCGCCACCGCUCCGGUGACGUUCGACAUGGUGUUCACGGUGGACGACCGGAUAGCGCUGCCGCCGCCUCCCCCGCGCCCCGCCCCGCCCCCCGCGGCCCCGCCCCCCGCCGCCGCGCCCCCAGCGCCCGCGUCCCCGCAGCACGCCGCGUCCGAGCUGGACCUGCGCCGCUCGCCCUCCGACGCCGACACCGACACCGCUAGCCUCAAGGACGAGCCCAUGUUCCCGACUGACGGCAACUCGCUGGUGGAACUGGAAGACCUGCAGUCGGAGUCGGAGCUGGAGCAGCUGUCGGUGCGCCAGCUGAAGCUGCUGCUGGAGAACAACCGCGUGCAGGCGCGCGACUGCCUGGAGCGCGGGGAGCUGCGCGCGCGCGCCCGGCAGCUGUACCGCGACCAUCGGCAGCAGCGGGAGCAGCUGGAGUCGCUCCCGCUGGAAGAAUGCUGCAAGAUCUGCAUGGCGGCGCCGCUGGAGUGCGUGCUGCUGGAGUGCGGGCACGUGGCGGCCUGCACGCGCUGCGGCAAGCGCCUCGCCGAGUGCCCCAUCUGCCGCCGCUACGUCACCAGGGCUGUGCGCUUCUUCAGGUCCUGACUGAUGCGCCCGGGGGGCUUCCUGGGCAUCUGCGCCGCCGCCGCCGCCGCCGCCAGGGCCGUCGCCAAGGCCGCCUCCGCCGCUGCUAAGGCCGCUGCCAAGGCCGUCGGCAAACGACGUAUCGGCGCCUAGUGACGUCACAGCAGCCAGCGGGUUAGUUCAAGUUGUACUUGGUUGAAAAGGUUGUAUAAUUGGUCACGUUUGACAGAUUUCGUGUAGGCUAGGAAAGGUUAUUGAAUGUGAAAUGCGAUGGUGCGGAUUUGACUUGACAUGGUUCUUUAGUAAGUAGACAUUCUUAGGAGCGAUGAAAUUGCUAGUUUGAUAUUGAUUGUGAAUUCUGGUGAAUUGUAGGGUUGAUAUUGUUUUUUGAUUAUUGAUAUUGUGGACGAUGUUUUUCGUCUCCUUCGUAUUCAUGUAGCAGGGAUGAGCCGUGACUGGGACAGAAGGGAGCUACCUCGGCACUAGACCAAGCUAUGUUUCGGAAUUUUCCUAAACUCAAUAUACAUAUUUUGCUUUAGACAUAAUUAUGCUCGAUCCGAAUUUCGAUACAACACCUGCAACUUUCACUUUGGAAUGCAUUGAUAUUGUUACUAUCACCCAGUCAACGAAGGACGUAAUGUAGAAGUAUAUUAAAUGGUUCUCGUUAUUUAGUCGCAUAGCGAUGAGUGAACCGAUGUAUGUGUACAGCCACAUGUAUGGCCAGGCCGUAGUGUAGAAGUAGUUGUUGAUACUCCGGAGGGAGGCAUAGUUUUUAAAUCUUAUCUUCAUAAGUCAUAACUAAGACUUGUCAAAUCUUCCGCCUCGAGUAAUCACACCCUGAGAGAGAGUGAGAGAACCUUCACUAACUUCACGAAUUUCAUAUAAACCUUACGUCCAGUUAAGGAGAUCAUCUUAUUUUUCUAUCCGCUAACUUUUUACUGGCAAUCGCCAACAAUAAGUCAUAUAAAUUUAUACGUAAUAGUAUAUGAAAUAUUAGUUGUAGUCAUGACUAGAUCCUAAGUUUAUUUAUAGCAUAUUCUGUUCUGAUGAAGCUAUAAUGCAAUAUAUUGUCAGUCAGCCAAGAAUGUAAUAAUUGGCAUGUAUUGUGUGUAGUACAGAUGUAUACUCAACGAUAUUUCUGUGUUUAAUGAAAUUGCAAAAUUAUUGAGAUCAUUUAAUGUUGCGUAACUUGCCUGUUAUAAUAAUUGAUGUGUGUUGUUUCAUGUAUUGAAUAUUCCCAGAUAAUACAGUGCUAGUGAUUUCCUCUGAGGAGAGUUAGCUAAGUGUACGGCGGACGCCGUAUUGAUGUUGUGUUAUAAUUAUUUUAAAUAAUUCAUAAAUUUCAAAUAGCUUAAAUUGUUGUCCGUCUAUUUGAGAAUUCAAUUAGUGAAUUUCGCUUUCAUAUGAUAAAAUAUGUUUACUAGCGAGCAGGCUGGCAAUAUGAAUUUGUAUCCCAGUUCCCUUGUUCGAUUCGGUUAUGGUUGUGUUCACUAGUGUAAUAACUACAGCUGCGAUGCGUUUUAUAAUGGGUGUCAACUGUAGUGGGAGGUCAGAGGGCAGCGGGCAAGGCCACUACAGCAGACAUCUAGUUAGUACGCACUUGUGGUGAAUAUAAUUAUAUCAUCGAUAUUUCGAAAUAUAUUUAGUAAGUAUCAUGUUUGUCAACUUCCGAUUCUUCCACAAUAGAUUGAAUAUUAAUUAUAAAUAUUAUAAAAUUGCGUUUAGACAGCUAGCAACCGACCUCGGCUGUGUUUUUAGAUUUAUAUUUUAAUAUUGGCUCAUUUAUUUAUUUCUUAUAAAUAUACUAAAGUUGUUUUAAGUCAAUUUAUUAUUAUUUAUGUAUUAUAA